AUGUCCCAGCAACAUACUCUGCAAGUGACCCUGGCCCCUGCCCUCAGUAAGGAGCCCCUCAAGCCUGUAUCUCCUCCCACCAAUAUCCAGCAGGAGCAAGUGAAGGAGCCAACUCCACUGCCUGCCCCACACCAGAAGGUACCCUUGGAGGUCCCAGGGAAAGGGGUGCCUGAGAAAGAGGGUGAGCUACAGCAACAGGAGCCACAGCAGCAGGAACAGCAGCAGCAGCAGCAAGAGUCACAGGAGCAAGAAAAGCAUGUGGAACAGCAGCAGCAGCAGCAAGGGUCACAGGAGCAAGAGAAGCAUGUGGAACAGCAGCAGCAGCAGCAGCAAGAGUCACAGGAGAAAGAAAAGCAUGUGGAACAGCAGCAGCAGCAAGAGUCACAGGAGCAAGAAAAGCAUCAUGUGGAACAGCAGCAGCAACAAGAGUCACAGGAGAAAGAAAAGCAUGUGGAACAGCAGCAGCAGCAGCAGCAAGAGUCACAGGAGAAAGAAAAGCAUGUGGAACAGCAGCAGCAGCAGCAGCAGCAAGAGUCACAGGAGCAAGAAAAGCAUGUAGAACAGCAGCAGCAGCAGCAAGAGUCACAGGAGAAAGAAAAGCAUGUGGAACAGCAGCAGCAGCAAGAGUCACAGGAACAAGAAAAGCAUGUGGAACAGCAGCAGCAGCAAGAGUCACAGGAACAAGAAAAGCAUGUGGAACAGCAGCAGCAGCAAGAGUCACAGGAGAAAGAAAAGCAUGUGGAACAGCAGCAGCAGCAGCAGCAAGAGUCACAGGAGAAAGAAAAGCAUGUGGAACAGCAGCAGCAGCAGCAGCAAGAGUCACAGGAGAAAGAAAAGCAUGUGGAACAGCAGCAGCAGCAGCAAGAGUCACAGGAGAAAGAAAAGCAUGUGGAACAGCAGCAGCAGCAAGAGUCACAGGAGCAAGCAAAGCAUGUGGAACAGCAGCAGAAGCAGCAAGAAUCACAGGAGAAGGAACAGCAUGUGAAACAGCUGGAACAGAAGAAGGUCUUGGGCCAGCGGCUGGAUCAAGAGCUAGCAAAGAAAGAUGAGCAACUGGAAAAGAAAGGGGAGCAGCUGCUGCAGCAGUAG